UCUGUAAAAAGUACAUCGUAUCCAAGGCAAUGAUGGCAAAUAAUUCACUGUCCGAACAAUUCUCUUUGAGAUGGAACAAUUUUUCUAGCAAUUUAACAUCUGGGUUUCUAAGUCAUUUUACUGAAAAUGAUCUAGUUGAUGUUACACUUGCUGUGGAGGGUCAAUUGCUACAAGCACAUAAAUUAGUCCUUUCAGUAUGCAGCCCAUAUUUUAAAAAUAUAUUUAAGGAAAAUCCUUGUCAACAUCCAGUAAUUAUUCUCAAAGACAUGAAAUAUAAUGAAAUUGAAUCAUUGUUGAAAUUCAUGUACCAAGGUGAAAUUAACAUUAAACAAGAAGAUUUAUCUACUUUCUUAAAAGUGGCACAAACAUUACAGAUAAGAGGACUCACAACAGAAGAUACAAGUAACACUAAGUCAUUCUCUAGUUGUGAUAGUCAAUUAAAUGUUGAUCCUAAUACCCGAAAUAUUGUUCAAUCAAAUUUAAGUACAACAAAUAAAAGUUCUAAAGAUGUGGAAAUGAUAGAUAGAAGGAAAAGGACACGUGAUAUAACAAAAAAAUGUGUUAAGAAAAAGAAACAAGAUACAUCCAUAAUAUCAAAAAACAUUCAAGAUUCGUCUAAUGAAAAUGUGGAUAAUCAUAAUCAAGAAGUUUUGCUUUUAAUGGAUAAAGACACAAAUGAUUCUAUAGAUGAGGAAGAAGAAAGCAAUAUUUCUAUUGUAAAAAGUAAUGAUAAGAAUGAUGUUGAAGAUUCCAUAAGUGAGCUAACUGAUGUUGAAAAUGUAGGAGAAAAUGCAGCACAGCAAGAUGUUGAACCAGUAAUUUAUAGACUUUCUGCAAGAGGUCGACCACAAUUAGUGCAUGAGGGCUAUGUUUACAACUUAACAUCCCGCUCUGAAGGUUUAAAUAGGUCUCAUUAUAGAUGUGCCGAACAACACCGUGGAUGUAAAGGUAAAUGUGCAGUCAUUGCUGAAAGAUUUAUGCCUACAGGUGUACAUGAUCAUAAUCAUCCACCUGGAUAUCAAUCAGAACAUGAUUACAGAAAAAAGAAAGGUUUAGAUAUUGAUGCUCCUUAA